CGUACUCGUACCUUCCGUUGCGUCGAAAAAGCGGCACAGUAGUGCAUAGUGACACUGCAUACGUUUCGCUACGCCAUCACUACCGGGCACUUCAUCGAUCCGGCAGUUUUUGUCAUUUCCAGAACGAGGCUUGAGUUAUAGUGCAAGAUCAGUAUUACGGUAUAUGGCAUGGCUUGAGCUGUGCAUGCUAGCGUAUACGGAAUUUGCCGUAUUAAAUCGUAUGUAGGAUCCUACAUUGAUCGCGUUUGUUGUUUGUAUACCGUUUUGGCGAUAAACAGUGGUGUUUCCCUCUGUUAUCUAAAUGUAAAAUACGUUUUCACUAGACGAAUUUGCUUAUGGGUUAAGUUUAAACUGAUCUCUUCGAGUGGUUUUAAUUAUUAGUGUUAUUAUUAUGAUCGGCACGUGAUGAAGUAAAAAUUACACUUCUGUGACACGAAUACUGAUCGCCUGGAUUUUAUUGGUUUUGAUUAGAGUUACAUAUGUCAGCGCCCGUUGUAAUUCUGUUUUUGUUUUUUUAAAUGCAAGCCCAUUGCUUUUAUUUGAAUAUGGGGAUUGUAACAAAAUCCUUCGAUGUGGAGAAGAGCAACGCAACCUUGAGCAAUAAUGCCCCAGAACAAAAGCGAGAUGUUCCUGCCAAACGUUAUUCCUUACGAGUCAGCCUGAAAAAAGAUUGGGAGAGCAAUCUGGAGCGCGCCCUUUUGAGAAGUUUGUGCGUGGCCCGACAACAGUUCCGUAUCCGUAUGGGAUUGGCGCAAUGUUUACGGAUUCUCGAAUUUGACGCUCGAACGGUUUCCAUUUGUAUACUUCCAAUAAACGAGCACAACACAGACUCCUUAUCACAUGUCCAGAUUCUCCUUAUCGAAGCCUAUUGCAGCGAAAACAAGAUACCGCUGUUGAAGGUCCACUCCCCUGAAAAUUUGUGGAACAUAGUAAAAUACAAUAACGAAACCGACAUUGAAGAUGAAGAGGGAGGUUUCGAAGACGAAGACGAAGAGAGUGAUGAUGGAAUCGUGCUGAUAUUGGCUUCGCAGUAUGAAAGUCCAGAGGAUGACCUUUUACAUUCAGCCUACGAAAUCGCUGCAGCAGAAACGAACAGUCAUCCCAUUGUCCGUUUAGCUAGCGGAUGAAAACGCGUUCCCCUGACGCAACCGUUUCAUCAAUUCGUAUUCUCUCAUAUUAAGCGUAUGGCAUUGGCGCGGUAAUGCCUAUUUACCAAAAAGCCGAUCUGAAGCAGCAGUUAACAAUGCCGACGACGCUGUACACAAUGCAGAUGUGAUCAAGUGAUACAUGUUAAUAAUGUACCCGAGAAAUAGUGAUUCGGAUAUGUUGCGGGCUUUCGAGCAGAAUGAAGGAUGCAUGGAAAAGAUGUCUGUUAAAAAAUGUAUUGUUAUUAAAUAACUAUUGCUUCUGGCGUGUCCUUUCUGACGGAAGUUGCAGUACAAAUAUGUAAGGUUUCGUCGAAAUUGUUGCGGUUUAUGCAAGAAUACGUGCCUUUAGUUUGGAUCUACAGUUGUUUGAUUCUGUUAUUCGUGUAAGUGGUGACCACUGAUGCGCAGAAGCCGCUUCGCGAGCGAGAAAAUAAAGCAAAUCCCA